AUGGGUUCUUUGUUCGGAGGCGGUGGUCUUGGGGCCACAACAACCCCCAAGCCUAGCCUUUUUGGGUCUACCAAUACGACCAGUGCCUUCGGCAAUACGACAGCUGCGCCUGCUCAGCCUGCUCAACCUUCUUCUCUGUUUGGUCAAUCCCAAGCGCAGCAGCAGCAACCGCAGCCGCAGCCGCAGCCGCAGCCACCCGCCCAGUCUUCCAUCCUAGGGCAGACCCAGCAACCGGCCAAGAAUUCUCAAGAGCAAACGCAAAUGUCGACCCAAGCAACCAAACCAGCGUUUUUCAACAGCCUUCUGGAGCGCGGGAAAAAGCGACCACUAUCGGGUACUGCUCAAAAUGGAAACUUCGAGGAUGUGCCCAGUCUUCAAUUAGGCCUGGAUGAUAUUCGCAGAAAGGCGCGAGAGCUAGGCACAUCAGGAGGGAAAGACCCCCAGCAAAAUGCGACGACGAAGGCUCAUUACCUUCUUGCGUCAUCUGGUAUUGCGCCCGGACGGACGCUCCGAGACCUUCGCUCUCUAGACCCCCAGGCGUCUCUGGCCGCGACGAGAGAACCGGACACCUUCGACCCAGACAACCAGCGAUAUCUCAGAAACAUUCAACAGCGUGGCCGGCAGGUGAUGAUUGCAGAGAGUCUAUCGCGCGCUCAAAGGGAUUUCGAUUCCUUCUUGGAGGAGAAGGUGGACAUGGACUGGGAAGAGCAGCGGCAGAAUAUCUUCCAACAUUUUGGCCUCGCGCAAAAAGACAGCUCCCACGGCGCAAGCCUGAAACCCACAACGCGGGGUGGUGCCUUUGGUCGAUCAGCCAGACAAUCCAAGCAAGGUGGCCCUGCUGCAUCCCGGAGAAGUGUGUUUGGCCGUUCUGGUCUUGACAAAUCUGUCAUUGGAACUCCUGGUGCCGGCCUCACAAGUCGCCAGCUGUUCGAGGACCCAGCAGAGCGCAGCGAGGGACCCACGGCGCCAUCUCCAGACCUUCGAUUCUUGCGAGAGAAGAUGGGACACUAUGCUGAGAAGGUCCAGCAGUUGAAUCUUGUUCGUCUCCAAGGGCGGACAUAUCCAGUGCUUCACCAGUUCUCUGAAGUUGAAAUGCAAACCGGCGGUGAUGCCCCUCGACAACUAUUUGACGCUUAUCAAGCUUUGGUGAGCAUCGUUGGUGAGAGCCCCAACGUUACCGGCGCCGAGGACCGCGAUGCGGUGAAAGAACGUCAGUACGCCACAGAUUAUCUGGAGGAAUCGAGCCACUCCCGCAAAGCCAUCAAUUUGAAGAAGAAAAUACUGGAAGGGUCCAGGGGAUUCCUGGAGCGAAUGUUCUAUACCGAGGUGGAAAACCUCAUAACCAAAAACCCACGUGAAGCCCAACUGGGUGGAAUCCCGACUGUGACCAACAAGAUCCGGGCGUACAUCCGCCUUCGUGCUGCCAGAAAGGAUCUGGCACCCGAUGGAACCGAACUGCAGAUGAAUGGACAGGAUUACUGUUGGAUUUUGAUCUUCUACCUUCUACGAUGUGGUUUCGUUAAGGAAGCCGCUGAAUACGUCAGUCAGGACCCUGGGUUCCGGUCUUUGGAUCACAAGUUCGUGACUUAUAUGACCACUUACGCUCAAGAUUCACGUCUCAGCCGAGAAAUGCAGCAGAAAAUCAAUGGAGAGUACCAGCAACGCUCGCGGAAUGCUCCUGACAAUACUGUUGAUCCCUACCGGAUGGCAUGCUAUAAGAUCAUCGGUCGUUGUGAUCUUUCCCGGCGUCGUCUGGAUGGCGUGAACCAGACCGUUGAGGAUUGGAUGUGGUUGCAAUUCAGCCUCGCUAGGGAGGAUGAUCGAGCCGAGGAAGUCGCAGGUGACGUCUUUGGACUGGAAGACAUUCAGACAGAUAUUACGGAGAUCGGUCAACGAGUCUUCACCAAAGGCCAGGAUGCGCCUGGUGGUUAUGGAACAUUCUUCCUUCUCCAAAUCUUGGGAGGCAUGUUUGAGCAGGCUGUGGCAUAUCUGGGCAGUUACUCGCCUGUUACUGCGGUGCAUUUUGCUAUCGCAUUGGCAUACUACGGUCUCCUGCGUGUCUCCGAUUUCUAUGCUUCCGGGGAAGAAAUCCUUUCAUUCACUGUGAAGCAGUAUCCACAGAUUAACUUCGGUUACCUCAUCACUCAAUACACGCGAGAGUUCCGCACUGGAUACGUCGAGGCCGCCAUUGAUUACUUUUCGUUGAUCUGUCUCAACGCGGACCUUCCAGGCUCACUUGGCAAAUCCCAGGCAGCGGUCUGUCAUGAGGCCUUGCGCGAGUUCAUUCUAGAGACUCGUGACUUUGCCAAAUUGCUGGGUGACAUCCGGGCUGACGGGACUAGAAUAACGGGUAUCAUUGAGCAACGUAUUGAGCUGAUCAAUCUGACGGAUCAAGAUGAUUUCCUGAAAAACAUCACGGUACAGGCAGCAGGUGUGGCAGAUGACAAGGGUCUGAUCACUGAUGCGGUCCUCCUCUACCACUUGGCGGAGAAUUAUGGUCGUGUGAUCGAUAUAAUCAACCGCGCUUUGUCAGAAUCAAUUGCUGUUGAGCUGGGCGGUAUCAUGCCUAAGUUGCAACCUCUCCGACCACGAGUUGAGCAGGGUCAAGACGGCCAGCUCAAAGAUCAGUCGGCGCCUGGAAGCAGUCUGAGCCUGACCACCGUCGAUGACCCAGUUGUUUUGGGCAAGAACAUGAUCCUUCUCUACAACUCCAAGCCAAUGUACUACGAUAAGAUUCGCCCGGUUAGCCGUGACGCCUGUGGACUCCUUCUCUGCAUGAUGGAGGCAAAGAUUGAAGUGGAAGCUGGCAGGUGGGCUCCAGCACUCGAUGCUAUUGACAAGCUUAACAUUCUUCCUUUGCAAGCUCGAGGCUCUAUGCAGUUUAUUCGCAGCACAGCACAGUCCUUCUCGGCUCUCCCAGAGAUCAUCUCCCGCAACAUUGGCCAUGUGAUUAUGUGGUGCAUUGCAUGCAUUGGCCAUGAGCGCCACCGCCAGACCUCGGGUCCUUACGAGACCGAUAUGCACCAAGGAUUCGCUGAACGUCUUAUGGUCAUGGCCAAGGAUCUCAUGGUCUUCUCCGGUAUGGUGAAAUACAAAUUGCCGCCCAAGGUCUACGAGGCAUUGGCUCGGGCGGGAUCCGACAUUGGAGCCUUCUGA